AUGACAGGCACCUUGUACCACCACUCGCCUGUGCCCAUGGAUGACCGCUCAAAUAAUCUGAUGCUGUGGUGCCACAGGUGGCUGAAGUGGCUACUGGUGAUCCCAGUUAUGGUGGUUCUGAUUGUCCUCGUGAUCAUCUUAGCUAACAGGCUCAACAGCAUCACUUGCAAGGAUGUCCUCGGAGCUGAGCAGGAGUGUCAAAACAUCACUUACCUGGAGCACCAGCUGAACCAGGCCCAGAGAGUCUUACUGGAGACUAAUGCCACUUGCAACCAGACUGUGGUGACCCUGAUGGAUUCCCUGAAAAUGGAGCAGGCUCAGGGCCACAAGCAACAGCAGCUAGUGCAGAAGCUUCAAGAGGAGAUCAAGGAAUUGAAGCAGAAUGUGCAGAACACAUCCAUGGAGCUGGAGAGACUAAGAAAAUGGAAAGAGACUUCAGGCAGGGAAGAAGACUCCACCAGCUCCGGGAACACCUUCAGCCUCUGCAUGGUCAUUGUGCUCCUGCCCCUGACACUCGAAGUUCUGCUGGCCUGA